CGCCCGACAGGCCCGUACGGGCGCUCUUUUGUCUGGCCCUCACCAACCCUCUUAGGAAGAUGUGCAUCAGCGUCGUCGAGUGGAAACCCUUCGAGUGGCUCAUCCUUAUGACGAUAUUUGCAAACUGCGUCGCUCUGGCCGUUUACACGCCGUAUCCAGCUGGCGAUUCCAAUUUGACCAAUCAGUACUUGGAGAAGAUAGAGUACGUUUUUCUUGUGAUUUUUACGGUGGAGUGCGUGAUGAAGAUCAUAGCUUACGGCUUCGUCGCGCAUCCAGGAGCUUACCUCCGCAACGGCUGGAACUUGCUGGAUUUCACGAUAGUCGUGAUUGGAAUGAUAAGCACGGUGCUGACGAUACUCAUGAAGGAGGGCUUUGACGUCAAGGCCUUAAGGGCGUUUCGUGUUCUGCGUCCUCUCAGGCUGGUUUCCGGUGUUCCAAGUCUUCAAGUGGUCCUAAACUCUAUUUUGAGGGCGAUGGUACCACUUUUGCACAUUGCUUUAUUAGUUCUCUUCGUCAUCAUCAUUUACGCCAUCAUCGGCCUCGAGCUGUUUUCCGGAAAGAUGCACAGAACGUGCAGGCACAACAUAACUGACGAGAUGAUGGACAAUCCGGUACCCUGUGGCACAGGGGGCUACCAGUGCUCGCGAGUCGGACCCGACUUCCACUGCAGCAAUAGGUUCUGGGAGGGCCCCAACUUCGGCAUCACGAAUUUCGACAACUUCGGACUGGCCAUGCUCACGGUCUUCCAAUGCGUCACCCUCGAGGGCUGGACGGAUGUGCUUUAUAACAUCGAGGAUGCGAUGGGAAGUUCGUGGCAGUGGAUAUACUUCAUUUCGAUGGUCAUCCUUGGGGCUUUCUUCGUGAUGAAUCUAAUUCUCGGUGUGUUGUCCGGUGAAUUUUCCAAGGAGAGAGAGAAGGCGAAGGCGCGUGGUGACUUUCACAAGCUUAGGGAGAAACAGCAGAUUGAGGACGAUCUCAGGGGUUACCUCGACUGGAUAACGCAGGCCGAGGACAUCGAGCCGGAAACCGACGAGCCGAAGAUGCAAGAUGGAAAAAUUAAGCAGCAAAACGAAAUAGAGAGCACGGACCAAUUGGAGGGUGACGAGGAAGGAAUCCAACAGGAAUCCGUUUGGAAGAAGAAGAAACGGGACUUGGAGAGAGUGAACAGGCGAAUGCGAAGAGCCUGCAGAAAGGCUGUGAAGUCCCAGGUCUUCUAUUGGCUCAUCAUAGUUCUGGUCUUCUUGAAUACCGGUGUUCUCGCCACGGAGCACUACAAUCAGCCGCAUUGGUUGGACCGCUUUCAAGAGAUCACGAACAUGUUUUUCAUCGUACUGUUCUCCAUGGAGAUGAUGUUAAAAAUGUACAGUUUAGGGUUUCAGGGUUAUUUUGUCUCGUUGUUCAAUCGUUUCGAUUGCUUCGUCGUGAUCGGCUCGAUCACCGAAAUGAUACUUACACAUUCACGUGUGAUGCCGCCUCUUGGCGUUUCCGUACUCCGUUGCGUCCGGCUGCUCAGGGUAUUCAAAGUAACAAAAUAUUGGAGAUCACUGUCGAAUUUAGUGGCCUCUUUACUGAACUCGAUACAAUCGAUCGCCUCACUGUUGCUCCUGCUUUUCCUUUUCAUUGUGAUCUUCGCUCUUCUGGGCAUGCAGGUCUUCGGUGGAAAGUUCAAUUUCAGUGACAGUGAGGAGAAGACACGUCACAAUUUUGACAGUUUCUGGCAGAGCUUGCUCACCGUGUUUCAGAUAUUAACCGGCGAGGACUGGAACGCUGUGAUGUACGUCGGGAUUCGAGCUUACGGCGGCGUCGCCAGCAUCGGCGUUCUCGCCUGCGUUUAUUUCAUUAUCCUCUUCAUAUGCGGCAAUUAUAUCCUCUUGAACGUGUUCUUGGCUAUCGCCGUUGACAAUCUCGCUGAUGCGGAGUCCCUGACUGCCAUCGAAAAGGAGGCCGAGGAGGAGGCGGAAAAGAAUAAGUCUCGUAGCGGUUCACCGACAAGGGACGAAGUCAGCGGUGAAGCUGGCGACGAUGGUGGCGAGGGGACCGGUGGGGAGGACGAGGGUGCCGGCACAGAUCUCGAACACGACCCUAACGAAACAAUGGAGGACUACGAGGCCGCACUCGAUACCGAAACGUCGGAGAAAAGUGAAGAUAUGAAUACGCACAAAGUGCGACUCAACGUUGAGUCCGACGAAGAGGAGGAGGAAGUGGAGGAUGAGUGGCUAGAAAAGAGGCGAGAAGACGAGGAGGAAGGAGAAACUGAGCCAGAGGAAAUGCCAGAUGACGGACAGACAGUGACAGCUAGACCACGAAGAAUGUCCGAGUACAACAUGGCCACCAAAAAGGAACCGAUCCCGGCCGGUUCGGCAUUCUUCAUUUUUUCUAACACGAAUAGGUUUCGCGUAUUCUGCCAUUGGUUCUGCAAUCACAGUUACUUCGGCAACGUGAUACUGAUCUGCAUUAUGAUUUCCUCCGCCAUGUUGGCCGCCGAGGAUCCACUGUCAACUUCCUCGGAAAGAAAUAAGAUGCUGAGCUAUUUUGACUACUUCUUUACUAUUGUCUUCACAAUCGAAAUCUGCCUCAAAAUGAUUUCAUACGGCUUCAUUAUCCACGAGGGCGCAUUCUGCCGGUCGGCUUUUAAUCUGCUCGAUCUUCUCGUCGUUUGCUCCUCUCUCAUUUCCAUGACAGUCAGCAGCGGCGCAUUCUCUUUCAUCAAAGUGCUUCGAGUGCUUCGCGUACUGAGGCCGCUGCGUGCCAUCAAUCGCGCCAAGGGAUUAAAGCACGUAGUACAGUGCGUCAUCGUAGCGGUAAAGACUAUCGGAAACAUAGUCCUCGUCACCAGCCUCCUGCAGUUCGUGUUCGCCGUCAUUGGCGUACAGCUCUUCAAGGGCAAGUUUUUCUAUUGUACCGAUGCAUCGAAAAUGACGAAUGCGACGUGCCAGGGUACUUAUUUGGAAUUCGAGGACGGUAAUAUUAACAGGCCGGUUGUAAAACAGAGAGAAUGGCAGCAGCAACGUUUUCAUUUCGAUAACGUUGCUAAGGCAAUGUUGACUCUCUUCACGGUCUCGACUUUCGAAGGUUGGCCAUCACUGUUAGAAUGGUCAAUCGACUCGAACCAAGAGGAUCAUGGACCAAUUCAUAACUUUCGGCCGAUAGUGGCCGCCUACUACAUCAUCUACAUUAUCAUCAUCGCGUUCUUCAUGGUGAACAUCUUCGUCGGUUUCGUUAUUGUCACCUUCCAGAACGAGGGAGAGCAAGAGUACAAAAAUUGCGAGCUCGAUAAAAAUCAGAGAAAUUGCAUCGAGUUUGCGCUAAAAGCUAAGCCAGUGCGUCGAUAUAUACCAAAGCAUCGAAUACAGUACAAAGUCUGGUGGUUCGUCACCUCCCAACCGUUCGAGUACACGAUAUUUACCCUAAUUAUGAUCAAUACCGUGACGCUCGCAAUGAAGUUCUAUCGACAACCAGAGAUAUACACGGACGCCCUGGACGUUCUCAACAUGAUCUUCACCGCCGUGUUCGCCCUUGAGUUUGUGUUCAAGCUGGCCGCAUUUCGAUUUAAGAAUUACUUCGGCGAUGCGUGGAAUGUUUUUGACUUUAUUAUCGUGCUCGGAAGUUUCAUCGAUAUCGUUUAUUCGGAAGUUAACCCUGGAUCCAGCAUCAUUUCCAUCAAUUUCUUCAGGCUGUUUCGCGUAAUGCGAUUGGUCAAGCUACUGAGCAGAGGGGAAGGCAUUCGAACCCUUUUAUGGACGUUUAUCAAGUCCUUCCAGGCUCUGCCCUACGUCGCCCUUCUCAUCAUAAUGCUCUUUUUCAUUUACGCUGUGAUAGGCAUGCAGGUCUUCGGAAAGAUCGCGAUAGAUGACAACACGGAGAUAAAUCGCAACAAUAACUUCCAGUCCUUUCCGCAAGCCGUGUUAAUUCUGUUCAGAUCGGCGACAGGUGAGGCGUGGCAAGAAAUCAUGAUGGCUUGUUCAGCGCAACCGCACGUCGUCAAAUGCGAUCCCAUGAGUGACGAUUUUCACAAGUUGGACACCUGCGGAUCGGACGUUGCAUUUCCCUACUUCAUAUCUUUCUAUGUGCUCUGCUCAUUUCUCAUCAUCAACCUUUUCGUCGCCGUUAUCAUGGACAACUUCGAUUAUUUGACGAGAGAUUGGUCGAUUCUCGGGCCGCACCACUUGGACGAGUUUAUUCGCCUGUGGUCCGAGUACGAUCCCGAUGCCAAGGGGCGCAUUAAGCAUCUCGACGUGGUAACGUUACUAAGAAAAAUAUCGCCGCCGUUGGGCUUCGGAAAGUUGUGUCCCCACAGAGUAGCUUGCAAGAGACUCGUCUCGAUGAACAUGCCGCUGAACAGCGACGGCACCGUUUUAUUCAACGCGACUUUGUUCGCCGUCGUGAGAACGUCACUGAGAAUCAAGACGGAAGGCAACAUCGACGACGCGAACGCCGAGCUCAGGGCGGUGAUCAAGAAGAUCUGGAAGAGGACCAGCCCGAAGCUUUUGGAUCAAGUCGUACCACCGCCCGGAGUGGACGACGAGGUGACGGUCGGCAAGUUUUAUGCGACCUUCCUCAUCCAGGAUUAUUUCCGUCGAUUCAAGAAACGCAAGGAACAAGAAAUGAAGGAUGGUGACAGAGACUGUCACAACACUGUGACCCUUCAGGCUGGAUUGAGAACGUUACACGAAGCUGGCCCCGAAUUGAAACGCGCGAUUUCUGGUAAUUUGGAAGAACUCCUCGAUGACAAUCCGGAACCUAUGCACAGGAGAAAUCACUCGCUCUUUGGCAGUGUGUGGUCCAGCAUGCGAAAAGGGCACCACGGUUUUCAUAGGGCGAAAUCGCUGAAAGUUAAUUCCGCUGCUGCAAAGGCUUCCCCGACCAAUUCCAUAGAUUUUCUACCAUAUGCCUCGUUACGGAGGACCGCCAUCACGGAUGCCACUAAACAAAUCGCUAACCAACUUGUGCCAAAUAUAGCAGGAGGUCUGAGCGACGGCGCGAUGAACCAGAUGGGAACCGAUUUGCGGCUGACGGGCGUCGAGGAGAACAUACCCCUAAGGCCGCUCGCUGCUUUCGGCAAUCCGGCGCAGCAGAGCACGUACAAAGUGGUCGAUUGCCUGGGCCACAGAGAGUAACGGAAGCGUCGGCGCAGAGCGCCUGUCCCACAGUAUGCCCGG